AUGGCCAAUGAUCAUGGUCUCAACUAUCAUGGUAACCCAAACGCAUCCUGUGGUCUACUGCUACUAGCUGCUAACACCAGUACCGGUGCCGUCCGCAACAAGGCCAGCCCUGAGCCUGACGACAACGCAUUCACUACACCUACCAACCGUCGUAUGGUCAAGUCCAGCCCCACUGGUCCGUCUCCCUCGUUCAGUGGCUCGCGCUUGAUGCGUGUCCUCCCCGAGUCCCAGCGCCUGCCGUCUCCGACGACGCCGCUUGGCCACGAGCCACCCGCUGCCAUGACCAUGUCUGCAAGCCCGAUCCGCAUGCUCAAUCGCCCUAAGGGCAAGGGCAAAUCGGUCGAAGAGCAGUACUUUCUGCCCGGUCCUCCCGGCUCCAACAUCACGGUCGCCAAGCGAGGCAGUUCCAGGAAGCGCUCGAACAAUCGGGGCGUCGACGGCGGCGACGAGGAUGCCGCUAAGCGCAAGCUCUCUAACCCUAUCCUUGCUGCUGUCGUCGUUGGUCGUAAACUUUCGAAACCUCGCAAGAAGCACGUCUCGGAGCGGCCCAUCCUCAGGGGAUGA